CUCACCGGCAGGAAACUCGUCUCGAGCUCUCGCGACUUGUUUCCCCCCAACUGCACUCACUGGUCGUCAGAGAUCUGUGCAUGCUCGCAGACGCGACACACAAGCGAUUGAUUCUCCUCCAUACCAGUUACUACGAACCCUCUCGCUCGACACGGAUGGUAUCCCGUUCGAUACGCGCAGGCGCCUGUUAUUACUAGACACUACGAAAGUUACAGCCCGAUCUUGGACCUCGGAGCAACGGCUCUUCUGCGCCCUCCUCCCACGACCACCCAGCCGGCACGCUCGAGACGGACGGACUGACGGACGGUCUUUGCGCCUGUGCGCUCUUGGCGCAUGCUGCUCGUCGCCGCCGGGGGCUUGAGAGGACUGCGCGCGUGCGCCACACCAUCACCAUCAUCAUCGCCGCCCGCGUAUGAUACUGGCACCGACAUCCACGAUGCAUGACAACGCCGGCGACGCCAGGGACUACGCCGACGGCGGCGAUGACUCGAUGACGCCCGCGGGCGGUAACCUCGAGCAGACGGAAAAGACCAUCGCCAAGAUCCCCGACAUCCUCCCCCGCGAGCGCGUCUUUCCCAUCCAGAUUGGCAGCGAGCUGUUUAAGCUCUCUGGAGCCUCUAUAUCUUCUGACGCCCCGUCGUACUUUUCGCAGUACUUUCUCUGUCAGAUCAAGUCGGCCGAGGAGCGCGGCGAGGACGUGGGCGUCGCGAUGCGCACCCUGUACAUCGACCGCGACCCUGCCACCUUUGCCGACAUUGCGCUGCACCUGCAGGGCUACCACGUCACGCCCCGGGACGGCACGCACUUUGUGCGCCUCUUUGCCGACGCGCAGUUCUACAGCCGUAUGUGUAUAUUCACCGGGAAAAACCCCCUUGUGUGCUUGCUUUCCCACCCCACCCCGUUCUUUGCGACGACGACGACGACGACGACGACUGACGCCGCCGCCUGCCUGCCUGCCUGCCUGCUUGCUUGCUUGCUGUUUGUUGCACGUUUGGCUGACAACCGAAACUUGUAUGCAAACAGUGCCUCGGCUCAUAUCCCAGCUUUACGACGAGAGCAUCUUCACCUCCAUCGGCCACCGCGAGUUCCAGAUCCCGCGCGGGCUGCUGCUCGCCAGCCCCAACAGCCCCAACUACUUCUCCCUCGGCUUCGCCGCCUUCUUCUCCCACCCGGACAAGGUCUUCCCGGGGCUCGACCGCGAGGGGCUCAUACGCCCGCCCGCCAUCCUGCCGCCCUCGGUGCCCAACCGCUCCCCCGACAUCUUCGCCGAGCUGCUGCUCCUGCUGCAGGGCUACCCGCUCGAGAUUCGCGGCGACACGCACCGCCAGCAGCUCCUCCGCGACGCCCGCUACUUCCAUUUCAAGGGCCUCGAGCAGCAGCUCAUCCCCCACCACAUCGGCUACAACCCGCUGCGCCGGCGUGACGAGAUUGUCCUGCGCCUCGAGAACGUGCAGAAGAGCGGCAUCGGCGUCGUCAGGGAGAGUAGAAGCAGCAGCAGCAGCAACAGCAGCAGCAUCACGGAUCCCAGCGACGGCAGUGGCGGUAGCGUUACCACCACCACCACCAGCAGCAGCAGCGACUCGGGCGGGCAGACGCCCGCCAUCUGGGUCAACUACAUGCGGCCCCUGGUCGACAGCACGCCCCGCGAGCUGGUCCUCGAGAUUGGCGGCGACGACACCCGCCUACACGUGCCGGCGCCGGGCAGCAGCGGCGUUGGCGAGCCGUCACCGCGCGCCCAGUUCUUCCGCGACACGCGCGCGCGCGUCGCCAAGCUCUUCGAGGUGGUCGCCACCAAGCUCAACCUGCCGCCCACGACGCAGCCCCUUGGCCUGCUCAUGGGCGCCGGCGGCGCCAGCUCCCAGCCCGCCACCCCGGGUAACACCCCGCUGAGCGAGGACCUGGUCCGCGUCGCGCUGGAGCCCGAGGCGGCCAUCACCCUCGACGGCGAGGUCUACGACGCGUACCAUCUGGCAAGUAGCAGCAGCGGCGGCGGCGGUGGUCAAGCCAGCAACGGCAGCGGCGGCGCCGAGGCCCACCCGCGCAAGCGCCGGCGCCGCACCGACGACGACGACGACGGCGGCGAAGACGGCAACAACGACGAGGCUGAGACGUGGACCGUCAGGACGGGCCAGUGGCGGCUGCGCGUCCAGCCGGCGGCGACGCAGGGUGGCGGCAACAAUGGCGCCGGGGGGAGGCUCGAGUGCGUGCUCGUCGCCGUCAAGCUCGACGCCGUGAGCUCCGAGCGCGCGCGCAACGCCACGAGGGGCUUCCUCGGCAGUUGAUGGAUGACAUCGCCUCACCUGUCCGUCCCCCAUCACAUCCCAUCCCAUCCCCCGCGCCUCCCCUCCUGGACGCUGGCACAUACAGUUUUUGGAUAGCAUUUUGAUUUAGAGCUUGGGCGGGGAGAACGGGUGUUUUACUCUGGAGUUUCGUUUGGAAGCGAGCGAGCGCACGGCGCUUGGCAUCGUGGGCAUGAAUUUUGUACAGUAUUAUGUGCAAUAGUAGAUAGGCAGGUGGAUGUGGAUGACGUGUGUAUGGCUUGCUAUGCCUUUGGUAGAGGAGAAGGAAGAAAGAAGAAAACAAAACACAGAGAC